GCAUGGAGCCGGCGGGCGGGCGGUAGCGGGGCGGAGGCGGCCAUGGGGGUGGCUGGCGGGGUGUGAGGAGGAGCCGGGGGAGCCCAGCCGAAGUCCCGGCGGGAGCGGCCCCCUCCCGCGGGCAGGAUAAUGGCAGGAAAAGUGAAAUGGGUAACUGACAUAGAAAAGUCCGUGCUAAUAAAUAACUUUGAAAAGAGAGGAUGGAUUCAGGUGGCAGAAAAUGAAGACUGGAAUUUUUACUGGAUGAGCGUACAAACCAUCCGCAAUGUUUUCAGUGUGGAAACUGGUUACCGGCUUUCUGAUGACCAAAUCGUCAACCAUUUCCCGAACCACUAUGAGCUGACGAGGAAGGACUUGAUGGUGAAAAAUAUCAAGAGAUAUAGGAAAGAACUAGAAAAAGAAGGGAGUCCUCUUGCAGAGAAAGAUGAGAAUGGAAAAUAUAUUUAUUUAGAUUUUGUGCCUGUCACCUUUAUGCUCCCUGCUGAUUACAACCUGUUUGUUGAAGAAUUCAGGAAAAAUCCUUCCAGCACCUGGAUUAUGAAACCUUGCGGGAAAGCCCAGGGGAAGGGGAUAUUUCUUAUCAAUAAACUCUCUCAAAUUAAAAAGUGGUCUCGAGACAGUAAAACAUCUUCGUUUGUUUCUCAGUCUUCUAAAGAAGCCUAUGUAAUUUCUCUCUAUAUCAACAAUCCAUUACUGAUUGGUGGGAAGAAAUUUGACCUGCGCUUGUACGUUUUAGUGUCUACGUAUCGUCCGCUGCGGUGUUACAUGUAUAAACUUGGAUUUUGCCGGUUUUGCACAGUAAAAUAUACACCAAGUACAAGCGAAUUAGAUAACAUGUUUGUACAUCUUACAAAUGUUGCCAUUCAGAAACAUGGGGAUGACUACAAUCAUAUCCACGGAGGCAAAUGGACAGUGAGUAACUUGCGCUUGUAUCUAGAGAGUACUCGUGGAAAGGAGGUCACUAACAAACUGUUCGAUGAAAUUCAUUGGAUAAUUGUGCAGUCGCUGAAGGCCGUUGCACCUGUAAUGAACAAUGAUAAACACUGCUUUGAGUGCUAUGGAUACGACAUUAUCAUUGAUGACAAGCUUAAACCAUGGCUUAUUGAGGUCAAUGCUUCCCCUUCUCUUACCUCCAGUACAGCCAACGAUCGUAUCCUCAAAUAUAAUCUUAUUAAUGACACACUUAACAUUGCUGUGCCUAAUGGUGAAAUUCCAGACUGUAAAUGGAAUAAAUCGCCACCAAAAGAAGCUCUUGGAAAUUACGAGAUUUUGUAUGAUGAAGAGAUGGCACAAAGUGAUGGAGCUGAUCGUGAUUUGAGAAGCCGUUCUGGGCAAUCCAUUGGACUAAAAGGAAAUCGAGCAAGAGAUUCAGGAAAGCCCGUGCUCACCACAUGGAAGUAGUGACAAAAUCAUUAAUAUCAAAUCAGUAAUAUCUUACUGAAAUUCAGUGCGAUGCCCUUGGCAGGAAAUUUUGAACUGAGCACUUGGGGCUGUCUCCUUUGUAUGGCUUCCUUCUCUAUUGUGUAUGGGAGUUAAUAACUCUGAAACGGGACAAAAUACGUCAAAGAAAUAUUUGUACCAAUAUGAGAAAGAUCUGUGUAAAGUAAGGCACCUAAUCAGCUAUUCUAAUAGUAAACUCACUAGUUUACUGCAAGAGUAUUAUGCUGCAUGUGGCUAUAGCAAAUUUACUGUAAUAUAAAGAAUUAACAUAUUCAUAGUUUUAAACUUUUAAAAGCAUAACUACUCAGACUUGAGAAACAUGGAUAUUUUUUCAACAAAUGGCUGUUUUGGCUUAUAACUCUCUUAAAGAACCUUCUUAAGAAAUCUGGUGUUGACUCUAAAUAUUUAUUUUUAAGCGAACCACUGGUUUGGUGUUCAAUAUUUUGUUUUCCAGACUGUACAUUGUAAGUAAUCUAUCUCUACACUUGUAAUUUAUUAUACAGUUUUAACUCCUUUGUAAUGAAUUGUGUGUGUCAAAAAUUUGUAGUCAGGGUUGAUUACAGGUUCUGUAGGAAACCUAGAAAAAAUUUUGGAUCUCAGGAUGUCAUUCCUCUGUGUUCCAGGAUUAAUCUUGAAAAUAGAAUCCAGAAAGGUCAGAAGUGUUGGGCAUUAUCAUUGUUGUAUAGUUUACAUUGGCAUGAUGACAAUUAAAUUCCUUGAUACAAGUGCAGUCUCUUCUGGCAACAUUUACAAUACAACCCUUGCUGAGCUGUGAUUGUCAAUGCACAGUUAAUGAUUUUUAGCUAAUGUUGAGAUUUAAAAAUAAAUACAUCCCCAAAUA